AUGUGGAAGAAUCCGCUCAAGACGGGCUUGUGAGUAGGCUCCUGAUUCGUACUUCGGAAUGCUAAAGCGUGCCCACCAGCAGUCUGUGCUCUCUGGUCAACUUCCCGUCAAGCUCGUAAUGGCUGACUUGAGACAUCGUGAUGCCCCGCGCUCACCAGGUUCACUGCCGGCAUGCUCGCUCUCCCUGCCUUCUUGACUGGCGUUCAUGUACAAAGACAGGAGACGCUUCGAGAGCGCAAGAAACUCUGGCGAGAAACACACCCGCAAGGUCGUUCUCUUGUUGGGGAGCAUCAAGUAGCACCUCUUCUCAUCAAGCGUGAUGACGGCAUGGCUCUCGAGAAGCGCGUGCCUCCCCCUCCAGAGACGAUCUUCCGCGUCCACGACCCGGUCGCUGAACUCUUCGGCGUCCAUGAACCGGUCGCUCAACCCUUGCUCUCGACACGUCAACACGAGGUGCUGGCGAUCGAGCGCGCCCAUGGGCGCAGCAAGAAGAUCAAGCAAGGACUUAGAGUUGCAGGGUGAGUGCUGUACAAGCAAUGGUAAAAGUGACACGCUGCGCCAUGUGCAAGACGUCCCAUGCGAGACAAGCCUUCAGCUCUGACGCUGAGGUCCCGAUCCGAACAGCGCUGUGGGCAUAGUGGGCGGUGGAACCGCACUUGCAUACUAUGCAGGUAAAGGUCUGGCAUACACGCCCAAGUCGGAAAUGGAGCGUUACAACCAGUCGGAAAAGCCUUGA